GGAACAUCUCGGCUAUUUUCAAGAUACAGACGGUAAGAGCCGAAAGGUGUCUGCGAAAUGCAAAUUUUGUAAAAAUAUACAGAUUUUAGCAAAAUGGAUUGGUUAGCAGAGCAGUGCAGGAGAAUCCAGGAGCAGAAAUUGAAGCAAGAAAGGUCUAUUAGAUAUUUAAAACAACUGUUCAAAGCAUGGCCAGUCAAAGCUGAACUAGAAGAAGAGAAAUCUGAGAGACAGACAGCUUCAAAUAGAGUAAAGAAGAAUGAUGAGCUUGAGAAUAGUGAUGACAGGUUAACAGCAGAAGAAAAGGAAGGAUUAUUAAUGAUGGAUCAGUUGUUGUCAAAAGCACAAAAAGCUAGGGACUUACAGAAAAAGCUUGAAGAGCCCAAAAAGCCAAAGACUAUUCAAAGUGUAAAACAGAAGACCAAAAUUGACCAUGACUUAAACCAAAAUGACAAAACUGGAAUGGAAACUGGUGAUAAGAAAGAAUUACAAAAGAGGUUACAAGAAGUUGAAAUUGUCGGCAAUGUUCAAACAUCUAAAGUGCCUCAAGAGAUAACACAUCAUGCAAAUGCACCUGCUAAAAAUAAGCCUGUUAGUUGUGGAAAACCACAAGGUAAAGGACAAAACAAAGCUAACCUUGUUGAAAAGAUUGAAAGACCAAAAAUAUCUCAAAGACCCCAAAGCAGCUCUGGUACAAGGAAAGUAGUACCGGUUCAUGUAAAUGCUCCUUUCCAAACCAAUCCAAACUUAAGGUCUUCAAAGUUACAGACAACCUAUAAAGCAGCAACUGCUAAAACAUUAUCUAAAUCUCGUGGUGCUGGAAGUGCAGGCAGUAGGGCAAGAGAUGCAAAAGGGAGUGAAAGAAAGGAGACAGUGGCCAGUAGGUUUAAAUCUAUUAAAACUGAAGAUGAAAAUGUAAAACGUAAAAACUUACCAGAAGUUGAUCAGCAAAUAGAUUACAGUGUUAAAAUGGAUGCUGAUGUUUGUAAAGAAACAGAGAAUUCUUUAAAUAUGAAUUGUAACAAUGAUGUCGAAUUUCUCAAGUUAGAUGCUAUUUCUAUUGAAGACAGUCAAGAUACAUCAGCAGGUAAUAAAUGUCAUGGUAGUGAAGACAAAGACAGUGAUGAAUUAUUUUUCCUGAAGAAAGAUGGUGCUCACCUGAGUGUUCCUGCCAGACUGAAAAAAUUGGUAUACCAAAAUAGGAAGUUUCGUCAGAAAUUGUAUGCACAAACUGUCACUCAGAAAGUCAGAACUCCUCAUGCAUCUGCAGAUUUCCCGCAAUGUCUUCAAUGUGCUUUUGGAGACGAGGCUGAUCAACAAAUCCAGCUUCAAGCUAAACAAGCUCAACAUAUAACAUCUACAUAUACUAGUCUUUUACAUAUGAUGGACAACUUACAUCUUGAUCAUAUAUCAGUUGAUUCUGACCCUGCAGACAUUUACUAUUGUAAGAAAAUGGUUGAACAUAUUCUACUCACCUUCCAGGAGUUGGAACAAAACUUGCACACAUCAGACUUCAGAAUGUUAAGCAGUGUAGUGACACCUUCGACUAGAUCAAUUAAGUUACCCCAGGCACGGCCUAGUGGAAUGUCAGUCUGGUAUGAGAAAAACAUAUUAACAGGCAACCAUUGCUCUUCAAAAGUAUUCCAAUAUGGAAGUUACAAGUUGCUAGAGAGGUACAUGGAUAUAGUUUAUCAAGUUCAGUUACUCCAGUUACAAAUUGAUGUCAUGGAUACCGUGUCUAGGUUACUGUUACCAUUGCUACACACUCUUGAUCCUUCUACAAGUGAAUUUGCUCGUGUGUUGAGAGCUGGGUACUCAUUGAUGUCAAUCAACCGUAACAAUCAGCCAGUGAUUGUCAAGGACACAAUACAAGAUGAAUCCACAUUGCAACAUGAAGAUUAACAAGUUUAUGGUAUAGUUUAUAGCUUGUAGGAAAUCUCGGGAAACAAUAUUUUUAUGCCUGUGAUAUAUGCAAUAUUGUAUUGCAAGUUGGUGUUUACAUGGGAUGUUAUGGCAUUAACUGUAAAUCUAAAGAGAUGUCACAAACAGAGCUGCAUCAGUACUAAGGGUGUAGUACUUAAGUACCAGUACCAGUACUUGGCAAAUUAUGCAGUACCAUUACCAGUACCAGUACUAGAUUUUAGCUCGGCACUGCAGUACCAGUACUUUUUUUGGUGAAGUAAUUAAGUAUCAGUACCAUUACUUUUAUAUAUUCAUCAAAGUUUGAAUAAAUACAGUCUCAAACAAAUAAUUUCAAAUAUUAUUCAGCAAAGAAAUAAAAUCAUUUACUUUAAAGUUAACAUAACAUAUUUACAACUUUAUGGUUUUAACAUACUUUUUACAAACAAUAUUUACAACAUAUAUUCAUGUCAUAUCUAAUUGUUUAGUAACCAGUCAAGUGUAUAAAUACAACAUAAACAUCUUUCAUUUAAAACACAACAGUCUUUUGUUGCCUUUCACACCUCUGUUCAAUUUAUACCAAAGUAAAUGACAACUUUUUAUGGUGCUAACAAUGUCACUUUUUUCACUUGAAAUGGGAUUAUUUAGAAUAGAAGAAAUUAAUUACUGUUUAUUUUGCUCUUUUACUAGUAAAUACAAAGUAAUAAAAGAUUUUAAUAAGGAUGUUUUAGGGUAAAGAGUUAUUGAGUCUGUUUAUUUACUUAAAGUCUUUGGUGCUUUUUAUGAUGAAUUCUAUGUUAACAUUUGAAGGAAUAUUGCAGCAAAUUAUCUUUAGAUUUGAUAACUUACUUUUUCACAAAAAUAAAAUAUAGUUAAUGUAAUUUACAGCUUUAUUUUAUGAGGAAAAUUGAUGCUAUUUUUAAUUUCUAUCAAAACCAAAAGUACUGGGUAAUGCAGUAGCAGUACCACUUUUUAAGACAGUAAUGCAGUACCAGUACCAGUAGUAGCAAAAUUUUGUAAGAGUAAUUCAGUAUCAGUACCAGUACUUGCAAAAUUGCUGCAGUACGUACUGCAGUACCAGUACCAGUAAUGCAGCUCUGGUCACAAAAUGUUGCCUAUACAUUUAUUUAAUUGAUCUGUUCUUUAUAUGAUUUUUUUUAAUCAGGGAUUGUGUAGCAUCACAUGUUUUUUUUUUGUUAUUUUUGUUGUUUUUAACUUUAUGAAAUUUGCAGAAUGUUCAGCUCAGUUAAUUGUUUGGUACUAUACUCUGUUGAAUAUUAAUUUUAAACUCUUGUAAGUGAUUUUUAGUAUUGCUUUUAAUAUAAUGUAUUCAGA